CUAUCCUUCAACAUUAACUCCAGCUGCUGUCCCACUCCUCUCACCACAUGGACAGCGUUCAAAGAAAUCCCACAGACAACUCACCAAGCCAAUCCUUCGCUGCUUGCUGUAUUUAGUCCUUGCCUUCUUCGUCAUGCUGUAUGACCCCAUCCUGCUGUCAAUCACUGGCUCCAACUCACCAUAGCAGAGGCAUCAUCCAGUUCAUCGUCAUCACAUGCGGCAUCGUCAUAACUUUCUUCCCGGAUGAAUUCGAUCGCGCAUCCAAUUACUGGCACCAUCGACAUCAUAAUCUCAACACAGCCGAAGCGGUGUCGCAUUGGCCCACCGACAUUUCAAGGGAUAUUACCCCGAUCGGCUGCCACUCCCACAACGACUACUGGCGUCGAGUGCCCCUUUUCUCAGCACUACAGGCAGGAUGCAUCAGCGUUGAGGCUGACGUAUGGCUGUUCGAUGACGAUCUCUACGUGGGACACACCACCUCAGCCCUUGCGCCCAAACGAACAUUGCGAACCAUGUACAUUGAGCCGUUGCUUAGGGUGCUCGACAAGCAGAAUCCAACCACGCACUUUAACCGUGACCGACAUGCAGCUUCAGCUUCAGCUUCACGUGCUCAGGGCGUUUUCGAUACCGAUCCAGCGCAGACCCUGGUUCUGCUGAUUGAUUUCAAGACUGACGGGCCUGCAACUUGGUCGCAUGUUGUUGCGCAGCUAUCGCCUCUGCGCGAGCGUGGCUACUUGACUCAUUUUAAUGGGAAAGAGGUCAUCCCAGGCCCUGUGACUGUCGUUGGAACAGGGAAUACCCCGUUUGAUUUACUGACGUCAGUUUCUACGUAUCGAGAUAUUUUCUUCGACGCACCUCUUGAUGUAUUGAUUGACGACAACAACACCACCUCCACACAGUACCAAGAUGAAGGUAACCAAGCGCCCCAGAACACUAUAGCCAAACCAGCACCUACCGGAAAUCGCGGCCAAGGCUUGUCCGGCACUUCUGCGGACAUGAUUAUCAACCCCAACACAUUCAACACCACCAACAGCUACUACGCUUCUGUCUCCUUCCGGAAAUCAAUCGGAAUGCCCUGGCAGUUCCAUCUCAGUGACCAGCAGAUGGCUCGUAUCAGGAAACACGUUCAAGCAGCCCAUAGCCAUGGACUCAAGGUUCGAUACUGGGGUAUCCCUAGCUGGCCUCGGAGCUUGAGGAACCACAUCUGGACCGUGUUGGCCCGGGAAAGUGUUGAUAUUCUUAAUGUAGAUGAUCUAGAAAGUGCCGCUAGGAAGGAUUGGCGGCCUAGUUUGUUUGAUUGGUGGAGUUGAUCUCGGCAUCGAGUGCCUAAACUGAGAUCGACCUUGGUUAGGUACUUAAGAUACUUGGCUUGGAUUACGGCGUUGUGGUUUAUCAUAGAUAGUAGAUACCUUUGGGAUGUUGGACUCGUGUUUUGGUAAUAAAUAUAGAACUUUCAAUAACCUUUUUUUUUUCUUUUCUC